CACAUGGACCACUUUAAGCGCGGGACAGAUUCUUUGACAUUGCUGUAAAGGGGGAGGGACAAAAACAAACAUUUACAAAACGUGUUAGAAAGUAUCAUCACUGAUUCCUGCUUUAUAGUUACAAUAAUAGUCCAUUAUUGUAACUUUAGCGGAAUCAUGUAUCGGCGACCGCUGCAGUCCGCCUUUAGACAGUUACUGAACGCUUCAGCCUCGAGAGCUGUCCUCGGAAAGGCCCCUGAACAAGAUGUGUGUCAGUCCAGGGCUUUGGUGGCUUGCCGGAUAACAGCGGAUGCGGGCGUCCCCAAUCACUCACAACGCCGAGCCCUUCACAGCACAAGAGAGCUGCUAACUGUUAAAGAGACACCACAGACCACAGAUGAAGAGGUGGGGGCCUUCACCAAACUGAUUGAGGCCAUGGGCUUCACUGGACCCCUCAAAUACAACAAAUGGAAAAUUAAGAUAGCUGCCUUGCGCAUGUACACAUGCUGUGUAGAAAGAAUCAACUAUGACGAAUUUUUUGAAAAGUGCUCUCUCCCCGACACGCUCAACUCCUGGUUCUUGGUGGCACAGCUUCACGUUUGGAUGUGUCUGGUCCGGAUGCGGCAGGAAGGCAGAGCUGGGAAGUACAUGUGCCGUUACAUUGUCCACUCCAUGUGGGAGGACGUGGAGCAGAGGAGCAAGAUUAUGGGAAUUGAUGCCAUUCAAAGAAAGGAGAGCAUGAAGGUGAUGACGGAGACAUUCUACGCUGCACUUUUUGGUUAUGAUGAGGGAAUACUGUCAGACGAUUGCGUUCUUGCGGCGGCAGUCUGGAGAAACAUGUUUAACAGACAGUGUGAAGACCCCAGACAGCUUGAGCUGAUGGUCGAAUACGUCCGCAAACAGAUGCAGUUCAUCGAUGCUCUGGAUGGGGAGGACCUGCUUUUAACAGGAGAAGUGAAAUGGCGCCCCCUGGUGGAGGAACAUGCCCAGAGCAUCCUGAAGGUUCCCACCACAACCUACAAUGAUGCUGGACUCUGAGAGCCAUCUCACCUGAUUAAUCACACCCUCUUCCUUUAUCUGACUUUCCUGACUCACUUUCCCCACUGGUUUGUCAGCUCCCCUCGUCAACAAAGUGUUGGGAAUACAACAAACGCACGCAUACAUUUAUUCUCACAUGUUUUGAGAGUAUUAAAGACUCAACAGAAUGGUUUUGCACUCUCCUUUUCUAAAUAUACUUGUAUUUAUAUGUCUUUCCAUUAGGCUGCAAUGUUGCAAUAUUUAUAGGAAUAUUUCCUGGCUCUUUCACGGUACCACUCCUCAGCGUUUACAGUGCAAAUAGGUUUUUUUUUAUUAUUAUUUCACUCUGUGUGUUGGAGGAUAAUGUUUCGAGUGUGUGUGAAUGUGUAUUUUUUAUUUGUCAGGGUCAUCCACCAAUAAAAGCACUUCUCCAGUAACAACC